CAGUGAUUGGUUGUUUGAAUUUCCUGCAGAUGUCCUAUGACGUGUGUGAAAUGUACAGCGUGAAGUUAUUGUUUGGUUUCUUUUCUGAUUUGGUGACGAAUGUAAUCGUUUAACAGCUGAUUUUAUUCUCUUUCUUCGCCGAUACGUUCCCGUUCUCGGGCCUCUCUAUUUUAUAAAUAGAGAUCGAGGCCGUUUAUAACGUACAUUGCUGUAUUUAAAGCAGUCGAAAAAAGAAAAAAAUAGUUGUUACGGCGAAAUAAUAUCGAUCUCAUUAUGACAAAUAUCGGGAUGACGGCCUUCGAUACGAAGAAGGGAUUGGAAGAUGAUGAAGAAAGCAAUUUUAUUGAAUUUUCUAAUGAAAGGAAAACACCUGGCCUUACUAAAAGAUUGUUGACUGUAGCCAUAAUGGGUGUAUUAGGAAUCAGUGUUCCAGCAGGUUAUAAUCUUGGAGUUAUCAAUACACCUCAAACUGUCCUAGAACAGUUUUGCAAUCGAUCUCUUUCGCAGCGAGGACAUUUUGUGUCCAGGAAUGAAUUAGAUUUAUUGUGGUCAUUUAUAGUAUCAGUUUACUUAGCAAGUGCUGCAUUAGGAUCAUUGUGUGCUAGUUUUCUUGCUGAUAAAAUUGGAAGGCGACAAACUCUACUACUUAAUAACUCUCUAGGCCUUAUGUCAGCUGCAUUUUUUGCAUUUUCUGAAGUAGCAAACUCUAUUGAGUUGCUUUUCUUGGGACGACUAACUGUGGGCUUUUAUAGUGGCUUGGGUUCCAGUGUUGGACCAAUGUACUUAAUGGAAGUAGCACCUCUCCAUCUUAGAGGACCUCUUGGAGUUCUUCAUCAACUUGGACUUACAUUAGGAAUAUUAAUAAGUCAAAUUCUUGGUCAAGAAGAAAUUUUAGGUACAGAAGCUAUGUGGCCUGUCCUACUUUCAUUAUAUAGUGUUUCUGUAACAAUUGGUCUGUUGUUGUUACCAUUCUGUCCAGAAUGUCCUGCCUACUUAUAUAUCAACCAAAAUGACCAUGAGAAAGCUUUAGAAGCUUUAGUAAAGUUAAGAGGUUUACCAAUUGAACUGCUAAAAGAAGAUAUUUCAUUAUUGAAAAAAGAACAAAAAGCAAAAGAAUCUAAUCACAAAUGGACCAUGAAAAAUAUUUUAAAAGAUCAGACUCUUCGCUCAGCCGUCUUAUUAAUGUGUGCAAUGCAUGCAGGCCAACAGUUUAUAGGAAUAAGUGCAGUAUUCUAUUAUUCAACAAACACAUUUGAAAAAAUAGGAAUGACGGUUAAACAAAGUCAAUAUAGCAGCAUUGGUGCAGGAAUGACAAAUUUCAUAAUGGCUUGCAUUGCAAUUCCUCUUAUUCGUAAAUGUCGAAGACGAUUUCUAAUAAUGCUUAGCUUGAUAAUGUCAACAAUUUCUUUGUUAAUACUAUCACUCUCCAUGAUUUUACAGGAAGUUACUUUUUGGAUGUCUUAUAUCACAAUCAUAGCAUUAGUUCUAUUUGUAUGUUUCUUCGGUUUGGGAAUAGGGCCAAUUCCGUUUAUGAUAGGAAGCGAACUGUUCCAACAGGGUCCGAGAGCGGCGGGCAUGAGUCUCGGAUGCGCGGUGAACUGGUUGGCCAAUUUCGUCAUAGCCAUAACUUUUCCCAUCGUAAAGAGCGUCAUCGGAGAGUACAUAUUCCUCGUAUUCGCAUUCGUCGGAUUUCUUCUCUCGGGAUACUUUCACUUUAAUCUGCCAGAAACGAAAGACCUAGAUCCCGUAGAAGUGACCAAAAUGAUGAAAGAAAAACAAUUAUUUGCACAAGUUCAAACAAGUUUUGUAUAGUUUUGUACUCCAUAUGGUUUUUAUACAUCUUUAAAUUUGCAUAUAUAUAUAUAUUUACAUAUACUAUUAUUAUUAUUUGCAAAAAUUGUAUAUAAAAUAGUGAAAUCUUGUUAUGGGUGAAUUUACUGGAUAAGGAAUCUUAAACAUUCUUCAGCUUAAAAUGUCUGAAAAAAUUAGUUUUAUUCUUCUCAAUUAUAUUUUAAAGGAGGAUAUAUUUUUAAAUGCUCUCAGCUUUCCCAGUGUAUCAUUCAAUAGAUUGCCUAAAGACAUGGAUUUUUCACAAUUAAGUAUAGUUAUAAAUUUCAAGUGUUGAUUUUAGGACACCGUAUUGAUUCAUAGGUCUUAAAAAUGUUACGCAAACGACAAAGUAUUCGAAUGAACACUUGUGUUUGCAGGAUUAGGCUAUUGACUUAUUUUUACAAUCGACAGAAAUUUACAAACUUUUCCGAAAUAGCAUAAUGUGCGUAUCCAGUAUUCUACAUCUAAAUGUAUUUCAAAAUUCGAUAGAAUAUAGGUAUAAUAAUUUGCUUAGGAUUUCUAUAAAAUUUCAAAUUGUAUUGUCGUCAAUUCCCAUUCGUUACUUUAAACGAGGCCAAGUUGUAUGUAAUUCAAAGCUACGGUAUUCCGUUGUCGAGAGAAUUGGAUUAGGAAAAUAUUUUCGCAAUCGCGUUCUCAAUGAAAUUUGUGUAACGUUUAGACUUUUUUUAUUCCCAAAAAUCAAUGUUUUUAGGCCAGACGCUAAUGCUGUCGUCCCGAUUAUUUCUGACAAUUGAAACAAGAUUCCACUAUUACUUUCUUUUAUAUUGAACUUGACAGUAUCCGUAGUUCUCUCUUAUCGAAAGACUACUUUCUUCUGUCCAAGAUUCUGAAGUUGUGAUAUUUUGAAAAUGUUAAAAUGAUUUUUUUUAAUCUACUGUAAAUACGUCUAAUUUUAUGAACUUUUUGGUAGUAUUUAUAAUUUUAAGAUUGUAAAAAAUCAUUUGAAGGAGAAAGUAAAUUAUUAAUUUUAAAUACUGUAUGAUUUAUUUCGA